CCGGCAAAAGUGUCAGUCGAACUGUACUACACCUAAAAGGAAGUAGCCUAGUUUGAAUAUUGUGAUAAUAGAAGUGUACUUUACAGUAUUAGAGUAUAGCUCACGUACAAACCAUCAACGUGAUGCCAGCCCAGCCCUCAGUCAAUGAACCAGAGGAAGAGAUGGAUGUGGAGGGAGACAGUGAACUACCAGAAGCCAAUGGAGAGAUGGGGGAAAAGAGGGAGAGAGAGGGAGGAGAGGGGGAGGAGGAGACCAUGGAUGAGAGCACGGAGGAGAGGGAGAGCGACUUGGACGAGAGCGAGGAGGAGAGUUCAGAGAUGGAUGAUGAGGACUGUGAGAGGAGGAGAGGAGAGUGUCUUGAUAAGAUGUCAGAUCUGGAGAAACAGUUCCUGGAACUCAAAGACAAGUUGUUCUGUGAGCGGUUAAACCAGGUUAAGGUGAAGCUAGAUGAGGUGUUGACUGGUAAAGCAGGAGAAUACAGAGAACCACUGGCAACACUGCAACACAACAUGAUGCUAGGCACCCAGGUGGCAGGUGUGUACAGAGACCUGUGUCUGCAGAUGGUCAAACACAAGUAUGAGUGUGAUCUACAGGGAGCUCGACAACAUCUGGAGAGCGAGAGAAACUUGUUGUUCGAUGCUAUGAAGACAGAACUGCUGGACAAGAUCAGACGGCUGGAGGAGGAUAGUCAGAGUGGGGACCUCACCUCAGAGUGGUGGAGUGAUGGGGUAAAGGGGAGGAAGUUUAAUAGGAGGAGUUUGUCCGGUCCAGAGAAGAAGAAGAAAGCCCUAGUGUCUGGCCCGUUCAUCGUCUACAUGUUGAGAGACAUUGAUAUCCUGGAAGACUGGGCAGCUAUACAGAAGUCUGGAAGGACCUCCCACUGCUUUUUCUUCCACUCUGCGGUCCAACUCAUCCCAAACCAUCUGUCUGUCUUUCAGGCUAAAGCAGCACUGAUGCCAUUCAAGAAAAAAACUGACAAGCGGUGAUAACAGAGGAGUGUCGCAGACGUCUAGACAAACCAAAGUCUCUGUGCUGCAGAAGAGAAACCACAACAAGAGAACAGCCUUGAACACAGGCCAGUUUGAGACUUUUAGAUAAUACAAAGCACUUCAGUAGGGUCCUGUUCAGUAGUCACACUUUAAUAACCAGUUAGCCAGACCCAGAUCUCAAUAUACAGUGCCUUGCGAAAGUAUUUGGCCCCCUUGAACUUUGCGACCUUUUGCCACAUUUCAGGCUU